CUGUGCGGGUAGUCACAGCGGUUUGCAAUUGUUUUUUUUUGUCGCUUUAGUUUUUAGUUUGGGAUGUUUGAGUGAACAGUAUGACGUAGACUUUGUUUAUAUUUUGCCAGGAUUUGUUUUGACGUGGAGGCGUGAUUUUUUUCAGUUCUGUGUUUUCAUUCGUGUUUAUUUUUGGAAAUUUUUAAAGCCAGGUAGUGUUCCUGUUCCUGGUUAUAAAGGUUACAUUCCGUGCACUUCAAUUUUGAUCGGAUUGUCUCUUCCGUAGAGGAUCAAAAGGCUUAAAAGUGACGUUGUUUUGUGUGCCUCGACAAAAAAGGUCAUCUCAGAACGAAGGUCGUGAUGGGAUGAUCGGAUUGCAAGAGUGCGGACCCGCGCCGCCGAGGGCGCCAUUGUCGGCGAGCAGGGCCCGCGAGAGGACUGCUCAGGCCGUAGACUACUACAAUACUCAUGUUCACAGAGCGUGGGCGAACGCCGGUCUAUCGACAUCCAGAUCAUCGUUCAACGACCGGCAUCAUCAUCACGCCGGAUCAAGAAGAGGAGUUGGUAACUUGGGACCGGAACAACUGUGCAGGAGCAAUUCUAGCUUGGAAUUGUUGGAUCAGAACGGACGACCAUUCAAGUCGAGCAGUCCCACGUUGAAGCGGGAGUACGGCAGCCACGGAUCUAUCGACGUAAUCGAUAGGCCCCCGGGAGUACCCGCCAAGAAUGAGUUCUUUGAGAUGCUCCAGGACUACCGACCGGCGGUAUUAGUAGGAACGGAUCAGAGAAGCCCCGGACCAUCGGAAUACCUUCGCGGAAAGGUAGAUUCGGAAGUGGAUCCCUGUCAAGAAGAUACGGGUUCAAACAAUCACGGCAACUACCCGCAAAGCCCAAAACUGAGAUCGAAACUAACUCGAUUUUGGAGCAACGGGAAUGUCCCCAACGGUAUGAACAACAGUUGCACGGGAAAAAGUAACCAGAGGCAAACCAUGGACGACAGUGCCGUGAGCACGUCUUCCUCGAGCGUCAUACUGUCCCAAGAAGCGGAGGAGAUUUCGAGACGAAGGGCGUUUGCCCACUACGACUGCCAAUCAUUGACAACGAAUCUAAAUUAUUCGGUGAGAUUGAGAAGGAAUCUGUUGGCGAAACGGAGAAACACCACCACCGGAGCGUCGGCUGCAUCGAUGAUAAUUAGGUCAACAACGCCGGAUGGUGAUGGUGAAGACGAUUGCGGUGACGGUCAAAGCAACGAAUUAGUGAAAAGCUGUCCGUUCUUCAGGAACGAAAUUGGCGGCGAAGAAGAACGGGUAGUCAGCCUUACCCGACUUCAAAGCGGCCACCAUCACCGGAAACCGCUGCAUAGGCCGCCCCUGGCCUAUGGAGUAGCCGUUUUGGAAUUUCCGACGGGCGAGACCCACUGGCGGCAUUCGACGUGUCCUUACCAAAGGCUGCCCAGGCCAAUAGAAAACGUGGACCAGGGCGCGUUGUAUUAUAGAAAGUAUUUUUAUGGACAAGAACACCAGAAUUGGUUCGGUAUGGAUGAACAACUUGGACCGGUAGCGAUAUCGAUAAAACGAGAAAAAGUUAUUCAUCCCGAGAAUCAGUUGACCACCACCCUUACUCAGUAUCAGUAUCGGCUGGUGGUCCGUACGUCCGAACUUUUAACAUUAAGGGGGUCGGUUCUCGAGGACGCCAUCCCCAAUAUUAAACCAUCGAACAAUCCAAAAACAUUAAACACCAAAGAAGUGCUGGAGUAUGUGGCCCCGGAAAUACAAUUAAGUUCUCUACGAUUAGGCGUUCAGGACAAGCAAGUUCCUGAGCAAUUGCUCAAACUGGAUGAACAAGGCUUGACGAAUCAUUACAAAGUUGGCAUAAUGUAUUGCAAAGCGGGACAGUCGACGGAGGAAGAGAUGUACAACAAUGAAGACGCGGGGCCUGCUUUUCUCGAGUUUUUGGAAACGAUAGGCAAGAAGGUGCGACUAAACGGGUUCGACAAAUACAAAGCGGGACUCGACAAUAAAUCGGAUUCGACGGGUCAUUAUUCGGUCUACGCGCAAUACCAGGAGUGCGAAAUAAUGUUUCACGUGUCUACGAUGCUCCCAUUUACGCCGAACAAUCGUCAGCAGCUCUUGAGAAAACGUCACAUCGGUAACGACAUUGUUACCAUCGUUUUUCAAGAGCCGGGCGCCCUGCCCUUCACCCCCAAAGGGAUUCGAUCCCAGUUUCAACAUGUGUUCGUUGUGGUGAACGCGAUCAACCCUUGCACCGAAAACACUCACUACAAGGUGGCGGUCUCGCGUUCGAAAGAUGUCGAGGUGUUUGGUCCGCCGAUUAAAGAGGGCGCCAUCUUUCCAAAGGGCAAGGCUUUCGCCGAAUUCCUGCUGGCGAAGGUGGUUAACGCGGAGAACGCCGCCCACAGAUCGGAAAAAUUUGUUACUAUGGCUACCAGAACGAGGCAGGAGUAUUUAAAAGAUUUGGUCACGCAUUAUUCCGCUAACACUCCGGUGGAUACUGGACAAAAAUUCUCGAUAUUUGGUAGCAAAAAGAAAGACAAAAUUCGACCGCGUUUCAUACCGGACUUAUGCCAAAGAGGCGCCAUUUUGUGGCAAGUUCUGCUCGACGACAGCGGUCAGAGUCAGCAGAUCGAAUGUUUUUUGGGAAUUUCUUCCGACACGUUCGUGCUAGUCGAGGAACAAACGAGACAGAUCGUGUUCGUGACUCCUUGCAAAUCGAUUUUGGGAUGGUCUCCCCAAACCAACUCGCUGAGGAUCUACCAUCAUCAGGGAGAAUGUAUGACGAUUCACAUGAGGGACAGUCAUACCGACGAGCUGCUCGAAAUUAUGAGCCGUUUGAACGCCGUUACAAACGGACAUAUUGCCAAAGAAUUCUCGAUUAGUCGCAACAUUAUGGGUCAAUUGGGGUUCCACGUGCAACCCGACGGAAUUGUAACUUUGGUGGAAAGUGCGGGACAAGCGUGGCAAGCGGGCCUGAGGCAAAAUUCGAGAUUGGUUGAAAUUUGCAAAGUUGCGGUUGCUACUUUGACCUACGAUCAGAUGGUCGAUCUGUUAAAAACCUCUCUGACUGUAACUUUAACUGUGAUACCACCAUUAGUGGACGGUUCGCCGCGGAAAGGGUGCACACUGCAAAAUUGUAAAUAUAACGAAGCCCAUUACGAAGGAGAUUAUGAGAGCGUGGGGACGGACGGACACAAAUCUAAAAAGGCGCCACAAAUGCAACAAGCCGUUUCGGGUCAUCACAGGAAGGUUUACGAACGAAGCUUUUCACCCCCGAGAAGUAGCAAUUCUUCCGGUUAUGGUACCGGCAGUAGCAGCAAAUCGUUUCACGGGCAGGAGAAUCGCUAUUUAGCGAACAACGUCGAGGGCACCGUCACUAGUUCGUCGAACGACGACAAGUGGUGCGAGUUUUUCCAAGACUUCGACGUACCUCCCAUUCCGUCCAAACCUACCUCGUACGGUGUGAGAAACCAUCACCCGAACAACACGUUUCCGUGUUCGCCCAAACGGAACAACACACUCCCAAUGAAUCAACCUCCCCCCACUGCCCAUCACCAUUACACCGUUCAACACAACAAGAUCCAAUUCAGUAAUAGUCUUCCACUGCAGCACGUUAAUUUCCAACAACCGCUGACUGCGGCGUUGCAUACCAAUACCAGCGAGAUGGACUUGUCUUACAAGUCGGAGAAAAAUAACUUGUUGAAGCACCACAACGACAAGCAACGACAGGAAAGUGAUUAUAUCCAAGCGACGAGGGCCCCGAAAGUGCCCGAAUUUAUCAACGACAAUCUAUCCAACGAUAGUUCGAUCAGCGAUCGAAUGAACCUGAUCGGAAGCGAGGAUGAGUUGUCUACGGGUAGUGGGAACCACUCGCCGAGAACUCGAAGGAAACAUUUGAGCAAUACGCAUUACUCGACUCGGAACCAGAGCCCGAGAUCGAUGAACGGCGAGGCAAAACUCCGACCCGGCGUCACGUCAAGGUCUUCCAACAGGAACAGCGCCAAUCUAUCGACCAAUAACUUCCAGGAGGAACUGCUGAGACUCAUCAAUCCGGAUAGUAUCGAAUCGUGUUCCGAUACCAAAGAGGCUAACGUCCAAUCGCAUACGUUGUCCGUCCACAAAGGUCAGCCAGAGGUCAUUUUGACGAUGGCGAGACCCGCCACGGUGAUUUCAAAUGCCAGCACCACCUCAAGCCCGCUGCCGAAUGAAUUUAAAGUGUCGAGAGACGACGGCCCGCCGUCUCCCAGUAAGAAUACGGUCGGUUUGGCGUUUCCGGAAAAUUUUCCGUUACCCGAGGAAUCGGACUGGCCCAGCCUGGUGGACACCGCGACGAGGGUCAUGAUGCAAGUCGGAUCGAUGCAGGAACCCGAUAGUAACAGAGCUCGAUGGGACGAUGAAAUAUUGUCCGCCGAUCACACGAACGCGUACGGAGUUUCAUCAGCUGGUAGUCCGGAUACCCAGAAGCACGUGGCGGAACUAAACAGAAAAAUAAUGACCCUAGAGAAAGAGAACAAACGACUGAGAGACGAAAAUAAGAGGUUCCAAGAGCAAGCUCAAACGGCGGUCCAGCAACUUAGAAAAUUUACAGAGUGGUUUUUUAAAAACGUCAAGAGGCAGUGAGAGAUAGCUUUCUUUUUAGCUUCUUCGUCAAUUUUAAUUAUACAUUUCUCUAAUGAACACCACAUAGUUGGUUCUUCCGAAAAAUAUCUUAGUAUAUCAACCAAAAAAUUUAUUUAAAUAAGUUACAUAUUAGAAAGCUUUAAAAUUAUUAUUAUGCAUUUAGUUUGUUUUAUUCAUCGAUAUCACGUUUUGCAACUUCUGAAGUAAUUUAAUCGGAUACUAUAGUACAAACCGUCUAUUUAUUUUACUCAUUAUGGAAAUAUUUAAAUUAUUAGUAUUAUUAAAUAUGUUUAACAGUUACCAAACCUUUUCUAAAUUUAAAUUAUUGACUAAUUGUUAGCUCUAGCGGCGGCUCUUUUUUCGAAAAUUGUUUUUAUUUGCCCCCACCCCCCUUAUCUUUUGCAAGGUCAAAAUUAGUAUUUUCAUAUCUUUAAGAAAAAAAAUAUUGUUUUGUUAGUAUUAUAACCUUUAGUUUUGUGGUCUUGGAUGGGUACAAUGGCCUGUGCCCUUAAAGCCCUUUUUGGGAUUAUUAUUGUUAUUUUUUGAAAAAUAUUUUGUUGGCUGCCUAUGGGAAGCACACAUGGGAGCAUUGUACUCUGACAAAGCGUUAUGUUGGUUAGUUAAAAAAGUUAAACUUAAUUAAUACUAGUUAAUACUAGUUUAUUCUCUUUUCAAUACCAAAUCAUUUUAUGUAAUAAGCGCAUAAUUAAUCUUAAGUAUUUUCCAUUCCCCUCUUACACUAGGAUAGAAAAUAAUUAUUUACUAUCAUUGUUAUAUCUUUAUAUUAUAAUAUCAUCUGUGACCUGUCUAGAUGCCUUACAAAUGGAUCUAUUUUAUUAAAGUAUUAUCAAUUUAUGUAAUUUUUUAUAAAAUCGUAUUUGUUGUAAAUAAAAUCGUAACUGACAACAGAGAA